ACACUUUACAGAAUUCAUUUGCCGAUUGUCAUUUAACAACAUAAAAAUGGCUGAAACAUCUGAACCUCCCCCUUUGUUCGAAAAUGUUGAUAUUAAUAACGACGAAGAUGAUGAUAUUUUUGCGUCUGCAAUUCAGGAUCGCCCCUCAAUACUACCCCUAGAUGAGGAUCAAGAGGUUUUCAAUGGAACACACGAUAUCGCGAAGCUGAAGAUACACGAUCCCAAAGCUGAAAUGGAAAAUGUUCCAAUUAACAACGACAAUAUCGUCACAACGCCUACGAUGGAACAAGUUGAACCUCACAGUGGUGGUCAGUUUAUCGAUAUAUCUAUCACAGAACAUCAAAAAGUUGGGGAUGGAAUGGGCGCUUAUGUUUUAUAUCGCGUGUUUACAAAAACAAAUAUUCCGCUCUUUAAGAAAAAGGAGGUUGCCGUUAUGAGACGAUUUAGCGAUUUUCUUGGCCUUCACAAUAAAUUGUCGGAGAAAUAUUUAAAAGUGGGUCGAAUCAUACCACCUGCUCCAGAGAAAAGUGUUAUAGGUAUGACAAAAAUAAAAAUGUCAAGUCAACCUGAGGGAGGUACCACUGUAAAUGGUAACGAAUUUAUUGAAAGGCGCCGUAGUUGCCUGGAACGUUACUUACGUAGAACUGCUGAACAUCCCGUCUUAGUGCUUGAUCCCGAUUUCAGAGAGUUUCUAGAGACAGAUAUGGAACUUCCGAAAGCCACAAAUACCUCUGCUCUCUCAAGCGCGAGCGUAAUGAAACUGUUUAAUAAAGUAGGAGAGACUGUUAAUAAAAUGACAUAUAAAAUGGAUGAAAGUGAUCCUUGGUUUGAGGAUAAGUUGGCCGAGGUUGAACUGUUAGAAACGCAACUUCGUAAACUCCACACCAAUGUGGAAGCGCUCGUCGGUUACAGGAAGGAAUUGGCAAAUUUAACGAAUGGAGUCGCCCGAUCAGCAGCCAUGCUAAGUUCCUGCGAGGAUCAUAAUUCGUUAUCUAGAGCUCUUUCUCAGCUCGCCGACACAGAGGAGAAGGUUGAAAACCUUCAUGUGGAACAAGCAAACACAGAUUUUUAUAUAUUAUGUGAACUGUUAAAAGAUUACUUGGGCUUGUUGGGAGCGGUACGAGACACUUUUCAUGAACGAACAAAGCUUUUUCAACAUUGGCAGCAUUCGCAGCAAAUGUUGACCCGAAAGCGUGAAGCAAAGACAAAGUUGGAACUUAAUAAUCGUGUUGAUAAAUUAGAUCAAGCGGGUGUGGAAGUAAUUGAAUGGGAGGCAAAAGUAGAAAGAGGACAAGAAAACUUUAACAAAAUCUCGAAAAUGAUCAAAUCAGAAAUGGAAAGGUUUGAUAAGUCGCGCAUCAGCGAUUUCAAAAAUAUGUUUAUUAAAUACUUAGAAAAUCAUUUAGAACACCAAUCUCAGUUGGUUAAAUACUGGGAAGCCUUUCUACCUGAAGCUAAAUCGAUUGCCUGACUAGAGGAUAUUUGUAAAGAUUAACGGUUCCAACAUUCCAAUUGGAAUUUUCCUGAAUUCUAAUGCUGUAUGUAACUAAUGUGUAUAAUUAUGCAAUUGUAACAGUGUAUAAUUUCUUAUAAAAUUUGAAAAUUGUAUUGCUUCAAAGAUCUGCUUUUAACAAUAUGUGAUUUUAUUUUUCUAAUAUUCUCUUUAAUGAGUGAUUUCACCAUUAUAACACCAAUAUUUCAAUUGAUGAAGGCACGCCUUUUAGUUCCUUUAAAUAUAUCAGGAUCAAUAUCAAUAAUAUAAUAGGAAUUGUGUAGCAUGCAGAAAAAUGUAGUGACCUUAAUUUUGUAUAUUUGUAAAUGCUUCCUAGGUUUACUAUGAUGUGAGUAACGUGUUGGUUCAUUCUGACAUUACAGGUGAAAAUUGCAUUCCUCAACAUUAGACUUACAAGUGUAGUACAUGGCAUUAAUAGUAGGUAGAAGUCUUGCCAUGUGUAAGUUUCAUUUUAAAAAUGAUUGGGACACUUGCUAGGGAGAAAGAUCAAAUCAGGUGUAAAAACAAUGCUAUUAGAUUACUGCAAUUUAGCCCAAACUAGAAAUAUAAUGUGCUUCAAUAAAAUUGAUGCGUCUGGUUCUAAACAUGGGAGUGUGUGUAGUCUCUAAUUGCUAUACAAAUAAUAAUAUAAUUUUUUUGCGCUUAAAAGUGUUUAUUCUAGAUAUUGUUACUUGUUCCAAAUUUUACAGAUUAGUUGUUUAUUCGUUACAAUUUGUAUUUCUUUUGAUAUUUUUGUAAUGUCUUCCAUUUCAUUUUUUUAGGCAAUAUUUACAUUGGGAAUGUAAAAUGGUAGCUUUUGUAUGCUAUUUAAAUUGUCGUGAAAUAAGGAACACACAGUUUAGUAACUAUUAAGCUGUAAAUGAAAUAUAUUUGUAAAUAAACUGAACUUUUUAAGCUA